UUGUUAAUGUGACCAGUGACAUUUCUCUCUAAACAGGGGCUGAUUUUUAGGUUCAAGUUCCUGAUGCUCAUCACCCUGGCCUGUGCAGCCAUGACCGUCAUCUUCUUCAUCGUGAGCCAGGUGACAGAAGGCCACUGGAAGUGGGGGGAAGUCACAAUCCAGGUCAACAGUGCCUUCUUCACCGGCAUCUACGGGAUGUGGAAUCUCUACGUGUUCGCCCUCAUGUUCCUGUACGCGCCAUCCCACAAGAACUACGGUGAAGACCAGUCCAAUGGUAAAUGUCCCCAGAUGACCUGAGGGCUCUCAUGGAGA